AAAUUCUAAUUCGUCCUCGGCGCACCGCGUUGGCUGUACCGAAUCCUCAGUCUCCUCCUCCGACCGUCCAAAACACCGAAAAAAAAAAUAGGAUUCCGCUCCGAUCCUUUCCGUGUACCCGCAGCAAAAGCCACAGAACCACCCAGCCGCGCGAACUGCGCACCAUUUGCCUCUGUUAGUUCAUCUCAGACUGUGGGGCUGCUAUCGUGCGCACAUAGUUUCGAACACCCACACACACACACACAGAAGUUGCAGAGUCAGUUUUGAGAGAGGAAGAGGAGACUGAGAGCAUGGGAGAUCUCUACGUUUGGCUCAUCUCCUUCUUCUUCCUCAUUGCCCUGCUCGCCCUUGUUGUUUUCCAGCUGAUGUGUCUGGCGGAUCUUGAGUUUGAUUAUAUCAACCCUUAUGACUCUUCAACUCGGAUAAACAGAGUGAUUUUGCCAGAGUAUAUCACAGAAGGAGUUUUGUGCGCUCUUUUUCUUAUAACAGGGCAUUGGUGCAUGUCACUGUUUUGUGGUCCGUACCUCUAUUAUAAUGUGAAACUGUAUAUGAGAAAGAAUCAUCUGGUAGAUGUUACCGAGAUAUUCAAUAUGCUUCACAAAGAAAAGAAGAUACGGCUUUUCAAACUCUUCUAUCUUGUUUUCCUCCUGUUUCUCUCAAUAUUCUGGAUGAUUCUAACUGCAUUGGAAGACCAUGAGUAAGUGGGGGACAAUGGCGGCCUUAACUGAGUGCUUACGGGAAAGAUUUAGUGUCGAAACUACUACCCUGUCUUCGCAGUUCCUACUAUUUACUGCUCCUUUUUCGUGAUUUAUUGCCACUAAAUUACAAAUGGUGUAGUUUGGGGGACAAUGAUCGAGGUUGUAUGAUUGUGGGAUGGUAAAUUAAUUUGGUAUAGUUGUGUCACUUCUCACAACGCUUCUGUUACAACUGUAGUUUGAGGUAUUUAGGUUGUGUUUUCGUAGAUUGGCAGGUUCAAGCAAUCUGUAUUCAUGGGUUGCUGUCUCGAAUUGUGUGUUUUCAACUCAUCAGUUUGGUCUUUUAUGUUAUGUUCCAAAUUCAUCAAUUUCGUCAUUCA